GGUAGUACGCUCAAAGUAACAGAGAAAUAGAAUAUUAUUCGGAAAAUACUGCUUUAUUUAAUUCUGAAGUACUUGGAUUUUUAAAAGCAGUGGACACUGAGGUGUGAACAUACUAUUAAAGCGUUAGUUGUAUAUAAUAAAUGGAUAAGAUUCGAAGAUUGUAUUCACUUAUCGAAACGUAAUGAAAUGAUUUGAAGUGAUAGGAAUUUUUAAUCAUGGUUUUUGACAGUGAAUUGGAGAUAUAUAUGUGUCACAGAGGAUAUCUUUGAUAAACAAUAUUUACGAUACACGAAGUUCAUUUAAGUGCUAAGAUCUAUACAGUCAAGAUAAACAAGGUCGAUUCCGGAUGGAACUGCUUCAGGUGGUCGCUCUUGUGAGCACACUUUCAACAAUAGUUGAAGGCCUCCAGUGCUGGCACUGUAUUGCUGACGACUGCUCUGACGACCCGAGUGGAAACUACAAGGCCACAGAGAAAUUGUGUAUCGCUGAGCAAGCAUGUCAGAAGGUAUAUUUUGAGAUGCUAGAAGAAACUGAGAGGGGCAACUUUAUUCACACGUCGACAGUACGAGGAUGUUCAAGUGGGUGUAAGUCACGUAAUGACUUUAGAAACUGCACGCAUCAACAACGAACGUCACGUGGAUGUGUCCGGAAGGACUGUUGUAGUGAUGCUGACCUGUGUAACAGUGCAAACACUUUGCAGAUUGGUUGGUCAUUGUCUGUGAUCAUAAUAAUUUUUGCAUUGUGAAGAUGUGUGUUAUUGUCUGUGAUGAUGAUAAUUCGCGUAACGAUGUAAACGUUGUGCUGAUUGAUGUGUCUUUUUCUGAGAAGAUUUGUAACAGUGCAAACAUUGUGAAGAUGAGGGUGUGAUUAGCCUUGAUUAUUAAGAUUUCUGUAACACGGCAAAUAUUGUGCAGGUGGGUGUGUCAUUGUCUGUAAUUAUGAUGAUUUGGCGAAAAAUGUAUUAAUUUGUGAGCAUGAGUGAGUUGCGCCAGGUAGUCUGACAAGUGUAACAUUGCAAAUAUGACGAUUGUCUCCCAUGGUCUGUGCUUAAAGUGAUUGUGUCACAGUGAAACAAGGGUAAGAUUGUUUGUGAUCACUUAUCAUGGACCG